AUGCUUCAUCUGUGGGCGAAGCUUUGCGAGGAGGUAAGAGCCGCCCGCAGUGGUCACUUGGCGUCUUGGCUUGAUAUUUUGAACCGACAUGUGCUCCAGCAUAAUGUACCUCCAGACGGUGCGAAAAGAACACCGUUAGCAUGUCAAACGUGUCGCCGGCGUAAAACGAAGUGUGAUUCCAACUACCCCUGCUCUAUAUGUGUCAACAGCGGGGAAGCAUGCGUGCGUGAACCAUCUAGUACGCAGAACUUCACCCCCGCAAGCCGAUCGACCCACAAGGGUUCCCUUUGGGAGGAAAAUAGGUCAAUCGAACUUGCAGAGGAAGUAGACUACGGCGGGACUGGAACCCCAACCAUACCAAGUGUAGAGGAUACCUCCCCCAUGCGACUGGAUUGGAAUACACCGAUGGACCGAAGUGCGAGCAAUCAUGUUUCCAAUACUCGGCCCACCUUGAGAAAUAUGGGCCCAGAUCAAGAUCCUCUACGGCCACUAACCGAUCCAUUGAUGGGCAUGAUUUCCGGGAUCCACACAGCCAUAUCCACCCCGAACAGAACCCCUCCUCUGUACUUCAGCGAGCCGCCUGACAUUAUGAAUUUCCCAUUUGACGCACCAGUGGGGCAACCUUCAGAAACGAGAGAUCGCUUCGUUAUAGACGAACCAUGUGAAAUACACAUGAGCCAUCUAUCAACCUUUACCCCCAGCCGCCGUUUUUCAAACACAGAUGCUUCAAUGCUUGGGAUGACCAGCCAUGAGACAUUUACCCCAGCAUCAUCAUCUAGCGGGUCGCUGCAGCUGCAUGAGGCCAUUACGAGCCAAGCACAGUUCGUCACUGCACAGAUCAAAUCCAUUGGUUUUGAAAAUUUCCACCAAUCCUGGCCCUUUCUACACGUUCCCACUUUUGCACCCGAAAAGCAGACAAAACUGUUGACAAGUGCGGUGGUCAACCUAUCGAUGUGGAUGCAAAACGCCAAUCGUCACCAUCUGGUUCCAUACGGAAUCAAUCAAGAACUGACCAAUGCACUAAUGCCUAAAAUCACGAUAGAAACCUUGACAGAAAAGCAAUCGGCCGAUAUAACCUUACCAACCCUACAAGCAUUGGUCGUCACCUUGACCUAUGCGAUUCUGGGAGAUGCACAGGCACCUGCAUGUACUUUGAAUUGGGCAGCACAGUGGACCGAUAUUGCCAUCUUCACUUUUCGACGACUCGGUGUCUUGGAUGAUCGGUGGCAUCCAGAAGAACACCUACAAUCCGCCGAUGAGCGAUGGGUCCAGACUGAGGAGAUGAAAAGGCUAGUAUACGCGGUUCUACGCAUCGAUACCUAUUUGUGCAUUAUCCUUGACCGGCCCCCUACCAUGCGGUACCAAGAGAUCGGACCACCACUGCCUGUGUCAGAUAAUCUAUGGCGAGCAGAGACCAGAGCAGACAGGACGAGCCUCCAUUGGUAUGAACCGGCAGGCCGAACCAAAAGUACAUUUUCUACACUGGUCCGUGACGGACUAGAGUCACGGGGGUUCAUGACUGGGUAUCUCCGAAUGCCUCACCUGACCCUUGAGGAUAAUCACUUCAGUCUCUGUGCAUUCUUGUCUGAGAUAUGGUGUGUUUCGAAAGAGGCCCACGAGGAACAUCAUCGAAACUAUCGCUCACCUGAAUUGAACCGCACAGCAGACCGAGCCAAGCUUUGGAAAGGCUAUCUCCAGGACUGGCGAGUCCACAUUGAGAAUACUAACAAGCUGGAAGACACAUUCUUCGGUGGAUGCAUAAGCGAUUACAACCAUUUUCUCGGUCUCGAUCUUACCCUGUACCACCUUCUUUCUCUCAAGCUGUAUGCCAAUAUGCGGCUGCUCGAGCAUAGCAAAUGCUGUUCGGGUUGCCAAGAAGCCAACAUCGAAAAUGUCAUCAGUGUUUGGGCCCGGUCCCCAGACGGUCGUCAGGCGGUCUACCACGCUGCUCAAUUGAAGCGUGUAUACGAGCGCGAGAGUAAUAUUUACAGACUGAACGAUCAACGCCUGUGCAAUGUCCUCGGCCCUGCCGGCCUGUUGAACAGUGCUAUUGUCCUAUGUACCUACAGUGCCAAGGCGUCUGGGGUUCACACGCCUGGGGGCGACAGUGUUAUGCCAGCGCCGGCUGAUGCAAUCGAGCUAAGUCAGUCGAAUCUGGUAGGCACGCUUGAAUUCGACAAUUGGAUCUCCCAGGGUGGCCCCGCGACCGUGGACGGGGUCGCCUUGCAUCAUUUCUCGGUUCCCCGUUUCUCGUCAUGGCACCGUGAUCGGUUGGAAACCUGUCCUGUCUACUCGUCGCGCUUGUCCAUUGUUCCCCGCUGUGGUACAGACUACUCCGUACUGGCGACUGUAACCUCUCAGGGGGUGGGUAUGUGGAGCAAAAUAAAAAAGAAAUGGACGGGCAGCGAUUCGAACGCUGGACUUUUCGCAUGCAAAGCGAACACUCUACCAACUGAGUUACGCGCCCAAUUGAUACGAGUAUGA